AUGUUGGAUCUCCCUCCUCGGGUGGAACAGGUAUCUGCACAUCAGACUGCACAGGAGAUGCAAACGGAUCAUGGCCAAUGUGUUGGUUUGUUUGUCCUGCAGGAUGGCCAUUGUGUGUUUGUGGAUCGUCUGGCGUGUGUCGAUCCGAUUUGUCCGUCGAGCAAGAGGGACCAGCAGCGUCGGGCUGAUCUGAAGCCUCGACAACACCAGCAGGUUGCCCUUGACUCAGCAGAUCCGCGGCAGGCUGGUGGGAGUCUGGAAGGCGUCCAAGGGUCGGUACAUCGGUACUGAACCUCUUGCCGCACACAUGACAGACAUGCAGUGUGUGUGGUUGCCAGAGAUCAAUCGUUCCUUCCUUUGUGUGCAGGAAUCGUUGGUCUGCAGGCGGUUCCACAUGGGGAGCAUUGCAGUGGCAACAAGUCACCUCAGCCCGCCCUGGGCUGUCCUGACCCCGACCUGGGGCAUCGGUACGACCAGCACCGAAACCUCCCGAGAAUGUGAAGCCGAGAAAGGUGGAACCUGACCGGUCAGCACACCACUUCGAGAAAUAGGAACGGCACUUGCUGACUGCAUUCAUGAUGCCUGUCAUUGACUUCCCAUUCGUUUCUUCCUUCUCCUUACACACAGGAUA